AAGAUGCGCGUUGCAUGCUGGGAUACAAUCAGGUUCGCUCUGACAAGAUGGUAGAGCACAAUUUUGCUGUCAAUUGUUACGAAAAUUAGCUCACCUCGACGUGUUGUCCCUCUUCAAAACAAGUUUAGUUCAACCUUUACGAACGUGGACAAGACUUUGUUUUUGUUUAAAAAAAAAAAAACCGAGGCGACGUAAAUAAACAGUGAGUGGACGGCAUGGUGCUAAAAUAUGUUUUUUUUUUUUUUUUUGCAGCGUCACAGACACGCAAAGCGGAUUUACUGCCUGCUCACUUUUAAUAAUUGCCCCGCCACGGGGUAUCGUCCACUGGGCCUGAAGAAGGUUUCAUAAUCCAGCCGAAUGAGCAGAUCAGCGGCAAAGAAUCUCAUCGAGCGCUACUUUCGGCAGUUAACCGACGGAUGCGGUAACGACGACUGCGACAAUGAGUUUUGCGCCUCGUGUCGCCGCUUCCGACCGCUGGAUAAAAACGCGGCGGCGGUCCGAGCGCUGGAGCUGUUUAAGGCCAACGCCAAACUCUGCCGUCUGAAAACGUCACCGGCGGAAUCUGACCUCCAGCUUCUGGAUCUCAAGGAGGACUUCGGAGACAUCCAUCACCUCACCGACAACACAGUUUGUAUGAUUCUGAGCGUGUGUGAAGAGGAAAGGGACUACUCCGCCCUCAUCCGCGUCAUUGGCCGGGUGUUCUCCAAUGCCAACGCCCUGAUAAGAAGUUUCCGGAAGGAUGACCCAGACUCUUCCAAGCAGAAAGACGGGUCUUCUGAACAGCCGGGCACCUCUGACGAGGUCACCGUCGACAUUGACUCGGUGCGGCGUUUCUACGAGCGAGUCCAGACCAUCGAGCAGGUCGAGUCGGCUCUGGUCAACGCUCUCAUCAACCUCACUCCCAACGUGGAGCUGGACCUGGAGUACCUGGAGGCGUACGAGACCAUCCCGGACUACCUAAACAUCUUUGUCAUCCUGAUGGAGAACGGCAACCUCCACAGCCCGGAGUACUUGGAUGUGGCGCUGCCGCAGUUGUGCAAGUCCAUGAGCAAGCUUCCAGUGGCCGCCCUCACCCGACUGUCCAAACUGUGGUCAAAAUACGAGCUCCCGCGCAUUCGCCGCAUUAUGGAGACCUUCCAGCAACUCAUCACCUACACCGUGGUCAGCCGGGACUACGACGGCGAGCACCUGGUCAAUGACGACGACACGGUGGUGGCCGCCUGCAAGUGCCUGAAGGUGGUCUUUUACGCCAGUCUGGUCGGAGGCGACGUCGACACGGAGCACAACGACGACGACGGAGACUCCGAGGCGACCGACUCGGACGAGCUCAGCCUACACGAGCUUCUGGGCGAGGAGCGCCUCUACAAGAAGGGUCCUGAGGUGGACCUACUGGAGAAAGAACUAGGGGUCCGGCCAAUCGACAGCAGGAAACCCCUCAUCGCGUUUGAGGACUUUGUCAACGAGUCUCUGAGCGACGUGGUAGAGAUGGACAAGGACUUCACCUUUUUCAAGGUGGAUGCGGAAACCAAGUUCUCCUUCCAGACCUGCCCCUUUGUCCUCAACGUGUUCACCAAAAACCAGGGGCUGUACUACGACAACCGGAUUCGGAUGUACAGUGAGCGCCGCCUCACCGCCCUCUACGGCAUGGUGCAGGGACAGCAGCCCAGCCCCUACCUCAAGCUCAAAGUGCGGCGGGAUCACAUCAUCGACGACGCCCUCGUCAGGCUAGAGAUGGUCUCCUUGGAGAAUCCGUCGGACCUGAAGAAGCAACUCUUUGUUGAGUUCGAGGGUGAGCAAGGUGUGGACGAGGGCGGCGUUUCGAAGGAGUUCUUCCAGUUGGUCCUGGAAGAAAUUUUCAACCCCGACAUCGGAAUGUUCGCCUACGACAAUGACACCAGGCUCUUUUGGUUCAACUCCUCCUCCUUGGAGAACGAAGCCCAGUACACUUUGGUGGGCAUCGUGCUUGGCCUCGCCAUCUACAACAACUGCAUCCUUGACGUGCACUUCCCCAUGGUGGUCUACAGGAAGCUCAUGGGCAAGAAGGGGACCUUCCCGGACCUCCUCGACUCACAUCCGGUACUGUACCAGAGUCUGAAGGAACUGCUGAACUACGGUGGAGAUGUGGAGGCGGACAUGGCGCUCACCUUCCGGAUCUGCCUCGCUGACCUUUUCGGAAACCCCGUGUUCUACGACCUGAAGGCAAAAGCAGAAGACAUUCCCGUUUCCAGGGAGAACAGACAGGAGUUUGUGGACUUGUACACCGACUACAUCCUGAACACGAGCGUGGAGAGGCAGUUCCGUGCGUUCAAGAAAGGCUUCCUCAUGGUCACCAGUGAGUCCCCAAUGAAAUACUUGUUCAGGCCCGAGGAAGUCGAGCUGCUUAUCUGUGGAAGCAGGAAACUUGACUUUGAAGCUCUGGAGAAGACGGUGGAAUACGAUGGCGGUUAUACCAAAGAUACGCAAAUCGUCAAGGAUUUUUGGCAAACGCUGCAUUCGUUCGGAGAGGAACAGAAGAGGCUCUUCCUUCAGUUCACCACCGGCACGGACAGAGCGCCGGUCGGCGGCCUCGGCAAGCUCAAAAUGAUCAUCACCAAAAACGGCUCGGACAGUGAUAGGCUGCCGACGUCGCACACCUGUUUCAACGUGCUGCUGCUUCCGGAAUAUUCCUCCAAGCAGAAGCUGCGCGAGAGGCUCCUCAAGGCCAUCACUUACGCCCAAGGCUUCGGAAUGCUGUGACUCCGCCCCUGGCGAGGUUUUAUUUCGGGGCUACCGACCCGGUAUGCCUUCACCCCCUACUGCAAACCUGUGCCUGCAAAAAUAAUUCACCGAGCCUCACAAUGGUGGAACUUAUUGUCUUCCAGGUGUGUGCGUGUUUUUUUAUAUUUGCAAAAAGGUGUGUAGGUGCGCUUUAAGAUGUGACAGGAAAUGAUCCUUUGCACCACCAUCAGACAUUUUGAAUCAAAACUUCAACAAGCUACGUGAAAUGCUAACGCUAUGCUACCAGAGACGUGAUAUCCACUGGUUCACGGAAACUUGUCUUUUUUUUAAUGUCACGUAGCCCUAAAAAAAAAUGCACUUUUAGGAUAAUGUUUUGAAUUUGUGUAAUGCUAUGCUAGCAAGUGAUAUGUUUUCAGUCUUGUUGUACAAGGGACAAUGAAGUUAGGAUAUAAUAGUCAUGUACAGAGAGGUUGAAAUGGAUUCACCCCACCCCCCAAAAAAGGGUCACUAAUGCGGAGUCUGGGUGAAAAAAAAAAUGCAAUUACUUUAAGCCAUCUACAAAGUCGUGGUGGGAUGUCGUUAGCUCAAAAUGCUAAUGCUUUGCUAGCAUGUUUUGCUAACCUGGAAGCCAAAAGGUCAUUUUAGCAUGAAUUAUGUAUUUGGUGAUUUGCAAUGUUUUGAAUUGAAGUGUAUGUUACUCUUUAGCGAAGGCCGUUUGUGCGCGUGAAAGACGAGACGCUGGAUUUUUACACGCUACGUGUGUUUGUUUGCGAUGAAGUCAAGGGACACUCUUGCACAAAGUGGGCGGGGGUAAGGAUAAGAAAGCCCAAGCAA